UCGAAGCAACGUUGCGGUGUCUUCAAAGGAGAAACUGCGUAAUGCGCAAUAGCUGCUGGUUCUCCAGUGCGCCUUGUCAGUCCAUCAUGCUGUGACACUUCUCGUUUCGAAAGCUGCAGCGCACCACACAGAGAGAGAACGAGCAGGAGAGAAUGGAAAGAAGUGAAGAGAACGACGAUGAAGCCUCCUCGUCCUCGUCCCAGCAAAACACAAUGUGGAAACAAUUUCAAGCGAGAGCCAAACCAAUCCUUAGCCCCAAACUCAGCGCCAGAAACCCAGAUGAGAAAAAGGAGAAGGGAUCAUUGUGGAUGUUUCGGAAGAAGAAAAAACACCCUGUUUUGGAUCGGGUGAUCUCCUCCUCACAGCCCGACCUAUUCUCUGAACCGGUGGGUUUGGACUUGCAGGAGUCGCCCCUCUGCGGCAAAGUGGACCCGAGCACCAGCCACAGCUCCAGACAGGCGGGCGAAGAGCCGAUGCAGCCCGACACACAGAGAGUCGUUGGCGGCUCGGGAAUCCCGAAGCCCACGCUAGUACAGCUGGUGCAAUCCCACCACAAGAGCUCCUCGCUGGGGUCCUCGUACCUGGAGAGGCUGGUUGCGGACCCUUCAGAGAGUGGUAGUGACAGCGAUGUAGGAGAGAAGGAGGCACAACUGGAUAAAGCUGCCCUGCAGGUUAUGGGUGCCACUGGCGCCUCGGGGGUUAACUCGGACAGAGCUCUGCCCAGCUCAGAGAUGUACCAGCUGGACAUAGUGCUGAAGAGAGGACACAACCUGGCCAUACGGGACAGAGGAGGUACCAGUGAUCCAUAUGUGAAGUUUAAGCUGUGCGGGAAGGAGGUGUUUCGCAGUAAGACCGUCCACAAGAACCUUAACCCUGUCUGGGACGAGGGGACUAAACUACUGGUGGACAGUCUGCAGGAACCUCUCUAUGUCAAGGUGUUUGACUAUGACUUCGGCCUUCAGGAUGACUUCAUGGGUUCAGCUUACCUCUACCUGGAGUCCCUGGAGCAACAGCGGGCAAUACCAGUUAAUCUAACACUGCAGGACCCUCACUACCCUGAUGUAGACCUGGGAACACUGGAGCUGACCGUCACCUUAAGGCCUAAAGACGGCUCCAUAGAGGAUCCGCACAGAGAUGCCACUACCAUGCUGCUCAAACGGACCUGGAGGCGAUCCAGUAAGCAGCAGUCCGUGCGUCUGGCAGAGCUGCACCGUAAGCACCAGCUGUGGAGAGGCAUCGUCAGCAUCUCUCUGAUCGAAGGUCGUGACCUUUGCCCCAUGGACCCCAACGGCCUCAGUGACCCCUAUGCAAAGUUCAGACUGGGAAACCAGAAGUACAGGAGCAAGACCAUGCCUAAGACGCUGUGUCCCCAGUGGAGAGAGCAGUUUGAUCUGCACCUGUAUGAAGAGACAGGAGGAGUGCUGGAAAUUGCAGUCUGGGACAAAGAUACAGGACGCAGGGAUGACUUCAUAGGACGCUGUACAUUAGACUUGUCCACCCUUGCUAAGGAACACACCCAUCGGUUAGAGCUGGCGUUGGAGGAGGCCCGGGGCUCUGUGGUGCUGCUGCUCACUCUGACAGCCUCCUCACACGUCUCCAUCGCCGACCUGUCACUCACCCCGCUCGACGACCCCAUCGAACGCAGGGAGAUCAUGGGCCGAUAUGGCAUGUUCCGGCCCCUGUCUAACCUGAAAGAUGUGGGGAUAGUUCAGGUCAAGGUGAUGAGAGCUGAGGGCCUCAUGGCUGCCGAUGUCACAGGUAAGAGUGAUCCUUUCUGUGUUUUGGAGCUGAAUAACGACCGGUUACAAACACACACCAUCUACAAGAACCUCAACCCGGAAUGGAACAAAGUCUUCACCUUUAAUGUGAAGGACAUCCACUCUGUGUUGGAGGUGACAGUGUUUGAUGAAGACCGAGACAGGAGCGCUGACUUCUUGGGCAAAGUGGCCAUCCCACUGUUACAUAUCCAGAAUGGAGAACAGAAGGGUUAUGUAUUGAAGAAUAAGGAGAUGACCGGACCAACUAAAGGACUCAUCUACCUAGAGUCUGACGUCAUCUAUAGCACUGUGAAGGCAGGCUUGAGGACGAUAGUUCCACCAGAGCAGAAGUACAUUGAGGAAGAACCCAAAGUGUCUAAACAUUUGCUCCAGCAGAACUUUAACCGAGUGAAGAGGUGCAUCUUGUUCGUGAUAAACAUUGGAACCUUCAUUAACAGCUGCUUUGAGUGGGAAUCACCUCAGAGGAGCAUCAGUGCCUUCCUGUUCUUUGUGGUAGUAGUGUGGAACUUUGAGCUCUAUAUGGUGCCUGGAGCUCUGCUGCUGCUGUUGACGUGGAAUUACUUCAUCACUGCAGGCAGGGAGUCGGGAGACACGGCAGGGGAAGCCACGUUCGAGUGGGAGGAAGAGGAAGAGGAGAAAGAUGACAAGGAUUCGGAGCGUAAGGGCUUCAUGGAUAAGCUGUAUGCCCUCCAGGACGUGUGUGUCAGUGUACAGAGUGCCUUGGAUGACGUGGCCUCCUAUGGAGAGAGGAUAAAGAAUACAUUUAACUGGACAGUGCCUUUCCUGAGUUGGCUGGCCAUAUCUGUUCUGUGUGUGGCUACAGUCCUCCUCUACCUCAUCCCUCUGCGAUACCUCGUGCUCGCCUGGGGUGUGAAUAAGUUUACUAAGAAGCUCAGGAAUCCGUACCUGAUCGAAAACAAUGAGGUGCUAGACUUCCUCUCUAGAGUCCCCUCAGACGUACAAGUGAUGCAGUAUCGGGAGCUGAAGUUCGAUCCAGGACAGAGCCCCAGCAAACGAAAGAAGACCAACCCUGGCUAGACACACACGCACACGCACACACACACACUGGACUCUGUCUCUGAGGGAUUUUCAACUCCCCCAUACUUUGUAAAUAGGGUAUGCAACUGUAAACAUUGUAAAACAAAUAGUAUAGAAUUUUUUUUUAUAUCAUUACGAUUAAGACUAGUUUUAUUUUGUAUGUUUUAGUUAUUGUGGAAGUCACAGCACAAAGAGAACAGUGUAUGUUUUUUUUACUCCUUUUCUUUGUUUAUCAUUUUAUACAACGGGUCCAAACACUUCUGAAUUUUUAAAACGGAAAGACUCCAUUCUGGAGACGUGUGUUCUUUCCUCCGACUAGAUACCUGGAUACCUGGAUACCUAGACACCUGGAUACCUGGAUACCUGGACACCUGGACACCUGGAUACCUGGACACCU